GCUCAUCAACGCCGUGCUGCAGACCAACGACCUGACCUCGGUGCACCUGGGGGUGAAGUUCAGCUGCCGCUUCACCUUGCGGGAGAUCCAGGAGCGCUGGUACUCGCUGCUCUACGACCCCGUCAUCUGCAAGCUGUCCUGCCAGGCCAUGCGCCAGCUGCACCCCGAGGCCGUGGCCGCCAUCCAGAGCAAGGUCCUGUUCAGCAAGGCCGAGGAGCAGCUGCUGACCCGCGUGCCAUCGAGCCCUGUCCCGUCCCUGGACACCUUCCAGGAGCUGCUCCAGCGUCACCCGGCCGUGUUUUACCCUGCCAGGACCCCCAAGGCCCUGCAGCUGCACUGGCAGCUCCUGCGCCAGUACCACCUGCUGCAGGACCAGCCCGUGCAGCCCCUCCCCAAGGGGGAUCAGGUGCUGAACUUCUCCGACGCCGAGGAGCUGCUGGACGACGGCAAACUCAGGGAUGUGCGGGACGAGGUUCUGGAGCACGAGCUGACGGUGGCCGACCGGCGGCAGAAGCGCGAGAUCCGACAGCUGGAGCAGGAGCUGCACCGCUGGCAGGUGCUGGUGGACUCCAUCACAGGGAUGAGCUCCCCGGAUUUUGACAGUCAGACUCUGGCGGUGCUGCGGGGCCGGAUGGUUCGGUACCUGAUGCGCUCGCGGGAGAUCACGCUGGGCAGAGCCACCAAGGACAACCAGAUCGACGUGGACCUGGCCCUGGAGGGCCCCGCAUGGAAAAUCUCCCGCAAGCAGGGGGUGAUCAAGCUGAAGAACAACGGGGAUUUCUUCAUCGCCAACGAGGGCCGGCGGCCGAUUUACAUCGACGGGCGCCCGGUGCUGGGGGGCAACAAAUGGAAACUCAACAACAACUCCGUGGUGGAGAUCGCCAGCCUGCGCUUCGUCUUCCUCAUCAACCACGAGCUGAUCGCGCUGAUCCGCAGCGAGGCCGCGCGGCUGGGACAGGGACAGGGACAGGGACAGCACCAUAACAGCACCAGUAACACCAGUAACACCAGUAACAGACCAGUAACACCAGUAACAGCACCACCAGGGACACCAGGGACACCAGUAACACCAGUGACAGCACCAGUGACACCCCUGUGACACCAGUUUGGGACUGGGACCCUCCCAGUGCUCCCAGUUUGAACCUGGGACCCUCCCAGUUUGGGAUUGGGACCCUCCCAGUGCUCCCAGUUUGGGACUGGGACCCUCCCAGUGACACCCCAGUGAC